UUUUUACAAUACUUAUUAUUUAUCUGUGUAAGUGAAAGGAUUUUUUUAGAGCCAAAGAUACACAAUUCUAAAUUUUUAAGCCGAGGAUAAUAUUUUCAACAUAGUUCAAAAUAAAUACAAACAGAAAUUUCAAAAAUGAGUGGUGGUGAUACAGUUUUAGAAGUAGAAGAGUUGGAAUUGCUGUCUAUAAUAGGUUUUGAUGGAAAUCCUCGAAAUGGUCUGCGAGUGCACCCUGAUGGUAUACAUAUAGUUUACCCAUUAGGAAACAAAUUGGCAAUUAAAAACUGGAAAACAAAGAAAGAAAACUUCUUAGAGGGUCACACAAAUGUAAUAUCUACAGUGGCGAUAUCAAAUGAUGGACUCUAUGUGGCCUCCGGACAAAUAAACCAUAUGGGAUUUAAGGCCAGCGUAAUCUUGUGGGAUUUCAAGCGGAGGACCAUCUUGCUGCAGUAUGAAUCACACAAGGUCAGAGUGGAGGCUGUCGUCUUCUCAAGCUGCGACACAUACCUCAUUUCUCUCGGCGGACCUGACGAUAGCAACAUCGUGGUUUGGGACAUCAAUACCAAAGAGGCUUUAUGUGGCUGUUUUGCGUCCGAUCGCACCUCAGGGGAUGCACUGACUCUUUCUCCAAUGAAUCUUCGAGGACCAUGCUUCAUGACUGGAGGAGAGUGCACACUCAAAGUCUGGACACUCAACAUGACCGACAAGAACCUACGCAGCGUUAACGUGUCUCUAGGGAAGAUCAAGAGAAUCAUUACAUGUAUAGAGAUCAACUACAGAGAUGACUUUGCUUAUUGCGGGACAAGCACUGGGGAUGUGAUAAAAGUAAAACUCAACUACUCACUGGACCUGAAUGUUCUGGACCCAGUGGUCAAACCAGUGCUGAUUGGCUGUUUUGCCAAAGUACCCAAAACAACCAAAUCUAAACAGCCGUAUGAAGCAGAUAGGUACAGUCUAGGAGUGGGAGCGAUUCUCCUGUUAGAUGACAACAGCAUCAUCAUCGGAGCAGGGGAUGGUACAGUAGACAUGGUGCGAGAGAGGGAGAUUAACCCAGACAAACUGGUGCAAAAAGGUCCAGGAAAACUGAUCAAUCCUUCGCUGCCGAUGUUGAUUGUGAUCAAGUCAGCCAACACCGUCUCAACUGUAACCUCUGUCCAGAAGCUUGGAGAUGAACUGUUGGUUGGUACAAUACAGUGUGAACUUUAUGUGAUCAACAUGAAAACAUUUGUGGUCAAACUCAUGGUCACAUGCCACACCUCAACAAUAUACGACGUGGCUUUCCCUAGUGUGUUUUCAGAGGUCUUUGCAACUGCAAGCAAAGAUGAUGUUCGAGUUUGGAGUGUCCAAACAUCACAAGAACUCUUGCGCAUUUCUGUCCCUAAUUUCACAUGUUCAGGUGUCCUAUUUACACAUGACGGAAAAGCCAUAAUCACAUCAUGGAACGAUGGAACGAUCAGAGCAUUCACACCGCAGUCAGGCCUCUUAAUCUUCACAAUCCUCAGUGCUCACAAUAAGGGUGUGUCGGCCAUAGCUAUCACCACGGACAACAGUAAGAUAGUCAGCGGGGGAGGCGAGGGACAGGUGCGAGUGUGGGAUGUGAAGCCUAGAGUGCAGACGCUCAUGUUUGUACUGAAGGAACACAAAGGUCCUGUGUCAUCCAUUGACGUCAGCUGUACAGACAAGGAGGCAGUCACGGCCAGCACUGACGGCACUUGCAUCAUCUGGAACAUUGAGAAUGGAACUCGCCUGGCCAUUUUGUUCUCCUCAACAUUGUUUAUGUGCGUACGCUAUCAUCCCAGCAGUUGCCAGGUGAUUACUUGUGGCACAAAUAGGAUGAUUGCCUAUUGGGAAAUCUACGAUGGCUCCCUCAUAAGGGAAGUUGAAGGUUCCAAGUCGUCUGCUCUAAACACACUGGACAUAACAGCCAACGGAAAAUACUUUGCAACCGGGGGAAGUGAUCAAGUAGUCAAGUUGUGGAAAUACAAAGAAGGAGUUACAACUCACUUAGGACUGGGUCAUGCUGGUGUUAUUACUGGAGUUAGAUUUAGCCCUAACCUGCGCACUAUAGUAAGCACGAGUGCAGACGGAGCGAUAUUCCUGUGGCGCUGUCCAGCCAUGGAACAGCCGACCCCUCCACGCACCGCAGAGAGCAUCAGUUCACACAGCACGUGUAGUCUGCGCGAGGGCAAGUUCAGGAACGCAGAGAACAUAUCUAAAAUAUCCUCGUCGCAGAGUGUACGAGCGCAAAGUGCACAGGAGCAGGAGCCUGGCCUGUGUCCUGCCGGUGGGUCAGUUAAAUGCUACUGCAGUGGUAAAUGCAAGUGCAAGACAGACUUCCAAGUGCAUAAAAAUGCAAGAUGCAAAGAGGAAAGUGGAAACACUGAGGUCGCAACUCCACCAUUGACUGAAUAAACCUACUAUUGUAAGACCAAGGAUUAAAUAAAAACUGCAGUUCUAAUAAAACAGGUUUUAUUAGUUAAACUUAGACAGCCUCUUGUACUGGGGGUUCGUAGCCCUCUGGCCUGUCUACCUUGGCCCCAGGCUCCUCA